AUGAUUAAAAGCAUUGAGGUAAAUUCACCUAAGAAAGUGAUAAGGACUGAAAUGGAGAAAAAAGAUGAGGAAGAAAAAGAAGAAUAUUUAAUUACUAAUUUAACAGAAUAUGAUAAAAGUAUGCCUAGUGUAUUAAUAAGAAUACCUAAUAAUUUAAAUAAAUUAUUAAGUAAGGAAAAUAAAAAGAUAGACUUUAAUGAAAAUAUAAAAUCAUCAAAUAAAAAUAAAAAUCAGAAAUUAAAAUCCUUUAAAAUGGAUAAUCUAGCAACAAACAUAAAUGAAAAAAUAGAUUUAAGUUAUGAUAUUAAAUUUGAUACAACUUAUAAAUCUGAUUCUUCUGAUAGUUAUAUAAGUAAAUCCGAUUUUGAUGGAGAUGAAGAAAUGAAUGAAAGUAUCAUAAGAACAUUUAAAAGUAAUUAUAUAGAAAAAUACGAAUCAAAUAUAAGUAGUGAUCAUAUAAACUUCUUAAGAGAGCACACAAAACAUGAAUUAGAGCACUUUUUACAAAGAAAGAAGCAUAAUUUUUCUAAUGAAAUGAAAAUAAAUGAUAUAAUUAAUAUUGACUAUGAUAAAUUGAAUGAAAAAAAUAUCAUACCGUAUUUUUUAACGAACAUGUUUGACAUGGAACAAAAAAAAAAAAGAGAAAAAAUGAAACAGGAAUUAGAAAGAAAAAGAAAAUUAGUGAUAGAAAAACAAAAAAAAAAAAAUACCAUUGAAAAAGGAAGAAAAUAUAAGAAUGAAACUAGAACAUGUAACUUAAAAGCAAAGGAUAAAAGAAAAUCAUUAAGUAGAGAAAAAUUAAAUCAUAAUAGUUCAAAAAAAGAAAAAAAAGAAUAUGAUGAAGAGAAACAGGAAGAAGACGAAGAUGAAGACGAAGACAAAGGAGAGGGAGGAGAAGAGGAAGAGGAAGAGGAAGAGGAAGAGGAAGAGGAAGAGGAAGAGGAAGAAGAGCUAGACGAAGAAAAUAGUAAAAUAAAUAAAAAAAAAAGUAUAACAAUAGAUAAAAAAAAAGUGAAUAAAAUAAAAAGAAAAAAAGAAAGAAAAAUAGAAGAAGAUAACGAUGAUUAUGAUAUAUAUAUAGAUGAAUUUGAUAGAGAAGAAGAAGAAAUAAAUAUUUAUAAUAAUCCAACAUUAUAUGGAAUAGAAGGAAGUAGUGAUUAUUCAGAAGGAUUUAAAAGUGGUCUAGAGAAUACUCAAGAAGAAGAAAUAACAAAGGAAAGUACAACUAAUGAUUUAAAAAAAAAAAAAAAAAAAAAUAAUGAUGAACACUCAAUAAAUGAUGAAAAGAUAGAUGAUAUAGUAGAUUCAUCUACAGAGAAAUUAAUAUCAUAUGAUUAUUAUUCUAGCCUAAACAUUAAAGAAUUUAUAAAGCCCAAUUUUAAAAUAAAGUCUUUAUCUUCUUUCAUUCCUGUUGAAGAAAAUUUAGAUAAAUUUGAUGAUAUACAAAAAUUACAGUAUUUAAUAAAAAAUUUGCCUUAUACACAUAUAAAAGAAAAAAGAUCUUUAUAUCAUUAUAAUAUAAAACAAUUUAUCAAAUGGAAAGUUUAUUUAUUAAAUAAUAUAAAUAUAUGCUUAUAUGGUGUAGGUUCGAAAUUUCAUAUAUUAAAUCUAUUCAGUAAUAUUUGUUUGAAUGAUGGUCAUAAAUGUAUAAUACUAGGUUUUGAGCAAGAAAUUAAUUUUGAAGAAAUUAUAAUUCGUAUAUUAGAGUAUCAUUAUAAAUAUAAAGCAACGAAAAAUUUAAAAUCAUAUGAUUUAUUAUAUGAAUUAAUUCAUUCGGUAAAUGAAUCAAAUAUACCUCUUUAUUUUAUUAUACAUAACUUGGAUAAUAUAAAAUUAUAUCCAUAUUAUGAAUAUUUUUCAUUCUUAAGUCAGUAUGAUAAUAUAUUUUUUGUUUGUUCUAUUGAUGAUGUUUCCUUUGAAUUGAAUAUGAAUUUUAAAAACAUAAGUUCAAUUAAUUUUUAUUACAUGAAAUGCCACACCUGGUUAGAUUAUCGAUAUGAAGUUUUGAGACAAUGGAACAAAUUUUUACCUGAAUGGGUUUAUAAUAAAAAAAGUGAAGAAAUAGAUGUAAAAAAAAAUAUUGAAACUAUUUUAAAUGCUUUGAGUAUAAAUCAUAAAAGAUUAUUUAAAAUUAUUGCUUCUAUACAAUUAGAAAAUUUAGAAAAAGGAAUUUACGGAGUUGAAAAAGAAUCCUUAUUACAAGAUAAAAGGUUGUUUACUGUAGGAGCUUCAAGUAUAAGGAUAAAUUCUUUACUAGUUGAGUUUGUUUCUCAUAAUGUUAUAACCGAAACAAGACUAAAAGAAGGAAAUACCUUCUUAAAAAUAAAUGCUGAUAAAGAAGAACUAAAAAGGUUAAUGGAACAAUUAUAA